AGCUUCACCAGUGGAUAGCGUGUGAAACACGAAAACCAAGUCGUCGACGACAGAUCAUUUAUCUUUAGUCUCAGCUACAAAUCAUGGCAAAACAUCAUCCAGAUUUAAUUUUCUGCCGUAAACAACCAGGCGUUGCUAUUGGGAGACUGUGUGAAAAAUGUGAUGGUAAAUGCGUGAUCUGUGACUCCUAUGUGCGACCCUGUACGUUAGUGCGGAUCUGUGAUGAGUGUAACUACGGCUCGUAUCAAGGUCGCUGUGUCAUCUGCGGAGGUCCUGGCGUGUCAGAUGCUUACUACUGCAAAGAAUGCACAAUCAUGGAGAAAGAUAGAGAUGGCUGUCCUAAAAUAGUUAAUCUUGGAAGUGCAAAAACAGACCUGUUUUAUGAGAGAAAGAAAUAUGGAUUCAAGAAAAGAUAGUCUUCUUAGAUAGUCUGAAUUUCAUGUUCAUCCAAUCCAGGCCCAUUUCACUUGGACCACCAUUUUAUUGACAUUGUAAAU